CCGCCGCCGCCCGCCCUUCCCGCCCUGCCCCGCCGCCCGUGCCCGGCCUUAAAGGCGCGCGGGGGCCGCGGCGGCGGCAGUAGCGCAGUGCGGGCGGCGGCGGCUGCUCGGCGGUGCCUGGAGCGCGGGGCGGCCGUUCCCUCUGAGCGCCUCGCCUGGAGCCCCUCCCUACCGCCUCCGCCGCGCUCUCGGGCCGAGGCUGUCACCGCGCCUGCCGCCGGGCGCCGCCAGCAUGUUUGACAGGACGCGGCUGCCCUUCGUGGCGCUGGAUGUGCUCUGCGUGCUGCUGGCUGGCUUACCCCUUGGUGUUCUAAACUUGGCCAAAAUAAAACCGUAUCAGAGAGGCUUUUUCUGUAAUGAUGACAGCAUCAAGUAUCCGUUCCAUGACAGUACCAUCACAUCCACUGUCCUCUACACAGUGGGGUUCACCCUGCCCAUUUUCUCUAUAAUCGUAGGAGAGACUCUCUCAGUCUUUUAUAAUAAUUUGCACUCAAAUUCAUUUGUCAGAAAUAACUACAUAGCCACUAUUUACAAAGCCAUCGGGACCUUCAUUUUUGGGGCAGCUGCUAGCCAGUCGCUGACAGACAUUGCCAAGUACUCCAUAGGUAGACUGCGUCCUCACUUCAUUGCUGUGUGCCAGCCUGACUGGACACGGAUAAACUGCAGCCUGGGCUACAUUGAGAACUUCACUUGCCAUGGGGACAAAGCAAAAAUCAAUGAGGGAAGACUUUCAUUUUAUUCUGGCCAUUCUUCAUUCUCUAUGUACUGCAUGCUCUUCGUAGCACUUUAUCUUCAGGCAAGAAUGAAAGGAGACUGGGCAAGACUUGUACGUCCUACUAUACAGUUUGGUCUUAUUGCUGCAUCUAUCUACGUGGGUCUGUCACGUGUUUCUGACUACAAGCAUCACUGGAGUGAUGUUUUAACAGGACUUAUACAGGGCGCAGUGGUAGCUGUGCUCAUUGUUGUGUAUGUGUCAGACUUCUUCAAAGUGAGAGGAUGUACAUUUCAACCAAAAGAAGAUUCCCAUACAACCCUACAUGAGACUCCAACAAACGGAAAUCACUUUGGCAGCAAUCAUCAGCCAUGAACAAUGACCCAAAUCACCUACAUUGCUCUGAAAGAAAACAAUUUCACAAGUCUAAUUCUGUAAUAAAAGUAACUGCCUUUAAGGGACUGCUGCUGCUCUUGGAUGCUCACUUUACCUGUAUAUAGUAACAUCUACCACAGUUAUUGUACAUCUAAACUUUAAAUUUCUGUUGGUUCAAGCUUUUUGCUUAAAAGAAAGCUAUUACAACUGUAAAUUUUUAUUGAAAACUGUAACAAGUUAUAUUACAUACACUGCUGUUUGUACAUGCCUUGUUGAAUCAACUGUGGUUUAAGUAAACACCAUUAAAAGGAAUUACUUGAUAUGGAA